UCAAUCACCAGGUCCCAGCUGGUGAUUAUUUGCCGGUGCCCGGUGAUCGCCGAGUAUUACAGAAGGGGGAGAGAACUGUAUGUAAACAAUACAGUUCUCUCCCCUGUCAUCUCCUGCACACUGCUUUGUAUGGCUCUGCAUAGCAUAGCAGAGCCAUACAAAACAGUGUGCUUACAGUGGAAAGCAAUCACACAGCACACAGUGAAACAGCACACAGCACACAGUUAACCCUUUGAUAGCUCCAGAUGUUAACACCUUCCUGCCCAGUGUCAAUGCAGUGUUAGUGCUUUUUAUUAGCACUGAUCACUGUAUUAGUGUCACUGGGGAUGUCAUCAGUUCCCACCCAGUGUCAGAAAACCUGCCGCAGUCCUGCU